AAUCAUAGUUUAAUAAAUAAUUAACAAAAUGUGAAAAAAAUGACAGUUCUAUAAACAAUUACAAUUUACACACAUAUUUAACGUUACGCGACGUAAUGUUAUGUAACGUAGUAAAAUCUGUCAUACACGUACACAAAACCAACACACAUGAAACAAAAUCUGUCCCAAACAACGUCAAAAUUUUUGACAGCCCAUAAUUUAUUUCACAUUUUUUCCCGCGUUUCUUUCUAUUUAAACAAACAAAAAAAAGAAAAGUUCUCGACAAACUUUUAUGUACAUCCUAAAUAUAUAUAUAUAUAUCCCGGUCUGUAAUUUUCUAAAAAUAUUUUUUGUUAAUUAUUUAUUGUCCUUUUAUGGGAAGUGCUAAAACCUACGGAACUUAUCCAUCGUUGGUUGUGUUAAAUGCAUUAAGGUGCUUCAGAAAAAAAGAGUCCAAUAGACUUAUGUUUGCAAGCCGCCACCAUCAGUUUUUCUUUUUAUUUAUAAACAAAUCUUAAGCAUUUUCUUAAGGGAAAAACAAAAAAGGAAGAAGAUUUUAAAUGAUGGCCAACAGAAUCAUUCAAUUAUACAUAUGUGCAAGCUAUCCUAGACUUUAUGCUGCAAAGGAUGAGUGUAGUAUUGCGACAAGGUUUAGUACGUCUUAUGCUGAUUGCAACAUAUAUACUCUUGGUACAGAUUCCAAGAAUCUUAAAUAACAAAUAACAUUUUAUUAUAGUGAGCGUAUCAAGAAGAUCCCAGGCUAAAGGAGAUUAAUAUGAAAGUGCAACGAAUCGAAAAAUCAACAACGUGCUUAGUCUUAACACUAAUCAAGCAAUUUGAUGAUCAAAAUACACUCCGUCAGAUGCUCUACAUCGCUGACAAUGUACCUAAUUUCCAUAUGUUGUUCAAGAUGCGCCCCUCUGAUCUGAUUUAUAAAAUCUAGUAGCCACAUUCAAAGAAUGUCAAACCUGCUGAAAAUGCAGACGAUAUUCUUGAAGACCAUGAGGAAAAUCCACAUGUUUUCUUUAAACGUUUACCCGAGGUUAUUGGCGACAUUUGGAAACGUAUAACGUCAGUGUGGGCGUGUAUACUGAAACAGUAUUUGAAAGAUAUGUACGCCCUACAGGCUAAGAAGACGGUAAAAUAUCAAAUAACACAAACAUUUUACAAAAAAUUGUUACGACGAAAACAGUGCCCAAUUUCAAUUGCAGAAAUUAAGGAAUUGGUCAUAAAAUCAAGUGAUGUCUGUUUAAAUCCAGAAGAUGAGAAAGAUUUAUUUAUAUUUUUUCAGUUUAAACAACUUAUAAAUAAGUUUGAUCCAGAUGAUGCAUAUCUGCUCUUGAUAAAGAAAAAAAAUAAACAUGAUCAAGCUGGUGAGAGUAGUAUAGGAGCAAGAGCGGGCAGUGCGACAACGCCACAUGUAAAUAGUGUUAAUCAUACGAUGGUUUCAAGACCAUCCCAAGGCAAGAGAAUCGUUGGAUAGUAGCAGUGGAAAAAUUGCACCCAGCAUAGGCUUUGGAACGCCAACAUUACAGAACAAAUGAAUCAGAAACAACUAUUGGAAAAUUGACCCAAUGAUUAAUAAUAAUAAUAAUUAGUUUUUAACAAGUCUUGUUAUUUAAUUAAACAAUUUCGCGGAAAAUUGAUGAACAAAAAACAAUUUUGAAGAACAUAGGUACCUUUUGUUUUGAUCUGGAUUUGUUUUUAUGUCAAAACUGUUCUUACUUUGGUUCGAUAUAUAAAUAUAUUGAUCAAUAUAUAAAUGUUCAAUAAAUCAAUAGUACCUAUAAUAGUAUCUGGUUAGUAAUGAAAAUGACUUUUUUUAUGUUUUGAGAAUCACUUUGAAAAUUAACACCACACAAACUAACAAGUUAUUCUUUAGAAAUCUCGAAUAAACAUUAUUAUUUAAUGUUAUCACAAAAGCAAAAU